AUGUUGGAGGCUUUGCCGUGGUCCAAGCUCGAUUUGCUAUCCCUGGAUGCCAUUAUCGAGGCCAAGACCAAAAUCCUGUGGUUCCAGAGAUCCAUUUCGAAUUCCGCCAGCUGGACCUCCAGUGAUGAAGGCCUACUGCUUUAUCUCUCUUUUAUUCCGGAAAAGCCACCGCGAGACUUUCAAGCUCUCGAAAUCUCCGCUACCGAGCUGCGUCAUUGGCGGUCCGUAAGCCGAGAUGAGCCUUCGUCGGAGAGCAGCUCGGAGACAGUGUCGUAUUGGAUGACCAUUCUGAAUGGUGCCUUCAACGACCGAGAGCCCGAGGAGUUCCACUUGGAGAGAAUUUUUGCCGACCUUCGAAGCCAGGCCAUCCCCGAUUACGCUGAGGCGUCUGUGAAAUGGCCACAAUAUGCUGGUCGGUACUGGUCUGUCCUUAGACCCCAGAUCUUCUCACUUUUCAACGCUUCAAGAUCCUUCAACUUUGUCCAAUGGGUCCUAGAGUUUGCCCGAAAAACAUGGCCCGAAACGUAUGGGAAGUACGCUGCCGCAGAGCCUAUGAUGGAUCUUACCGAUGCUCUUUGCAGCGGCACCAUAACCCCUCUUCAUGGGCCUAUGGGGACUCCGCUGCUUUGCUCCCUUCUCGGACACAACUCAUUUCUAGAGGCUUUAUACCUCACUCCUUGGCUAGCCCCCACCAAUCCGAUCACAUACGCCAACCAGGACCGCGUUGAAACUAUUCUCCUAUUGAUUGACGCAGGUGCUGACUGCACGUGCGACUUCAAGUGGGGUGAUAAAAACGGUUCAAUCCUUCCGUUGGCAUUCUGGGCGUCCCUCGUAAUGAACAAUGAGUCCAUCCUCCAUCGGGUUCGUGAGAAAGGAGCUAGUGUCGACUUCGCCAUGGAGGAAGUCCUGCGAUAUCCCGAAACCGAAAUUGAGGGCUCAAGAAACAAGAAGACCAUGUCCAAGCUGCUUACGUAUAUCUUUGACCUUUUUAUGAAGCAGCUGGUUGACGAUUUCAACUUCGACGAAGGCGUGAACAGUGUCAUAAAGAGCCUUAUGACCCGCAUGGACAUUGAUUUUGCUAGUGAGGGUGGACAGAGGAAGCUCGAAGGCGUUCCGGAUGAGGUUAUAUUCACCCUGUCUGAAUCUGCAAUCCUAGAAGGCAUGAGCGUUGAGCUACGUCGCCUUGUUCUCGAUCCCAGAUUUGACCCGAAUCCUGAAUCCGUCGACGAAGAGGACUGCGAUACAUUGCUGCACACAGCUGUUUCAAGCAACUCUCUCCUCAUAGUUGACAUCCUGGUCAGUGCGGGGGCGAAGCUGAAUGCCGUAGGCCAGUACGGACGAACCCCGAUCAUGGUUGUGGAGUCAGUGCAGAUGCUUGAGAAGCUGGUGGAGCAUGGUGCGACUACGACGGACGUGGACUACGAUGGGCGAAAUAUUUGGCAUUACGCAGCAGCAAACAAUGACAUGGAUAUGUUGGAAUGGCUGUGUGAUAAUGACCCUUGGAAAGCUGAGAAUCUCAAAGCCGUCACCGACGGGGGAUGUACGCCUCUUGCGGAAGCAUUCUUCUCCAUUGAGAGUCUGGCGGCCCAGCCUUCCAGCAUGGGCCCUACUCAGAACCCCGAGGCCGCUACAAGGCUUCUCCAGGAGUAUGAUGGCAAUACCUUUCUUAUGAGCCCUACUCCCUUGACCCACCUGGCAGCUGCCUGGGGUGACCUGGGACUCAUCGAAGGGCUUGCGAAGUUGGGUGCCAAUUUUCGCCAGCCAGACGAGGACGGACAGACUGCACUUCACUAUCUCAACUUUUCAGCCUCCACACAGGUUGUCAAGAGACUUCAAGAACUCUGCUAUGGUGCACCGGUCGAGUCUGACCAAAACUUCACGCCGGCGGAGACUAUAUUUACCAAUUUUUGGCCUUUCUUUGACGAAUCCGACCCUGCCAACCCGUUGCCGACGCAUGCUGGGCGAGCGAAACGCUUAUCGGUGCUCCACGACUCCAUAGCUACAGCUUUGAGGUGCAUCGUGCGCGCUGGCGGACUCCACAACUACGAAGAAAGAAAGGGCUGGUCAGCCGUCAUGUGCUUCCGGGGUGGCGAAUUGGAAGAAGUGACCCGAGUCAUCAAAUUUUAUGAAAGGCGACCACGCAAGUCGUGGAAUGUCAAGUACUUCCACCGGUCCAUCAUCGCAACACUUGAGAACUCUGGGCCUAUCGCGGCGGAAAAUUUCUACCGAUCGGCAUACGCCGUCCAUCUUCUUGCUGAGGCUGCCUUGCAUCGCAAGAUGGCGUUAGUCAAACAUCUCUGCGCGCGAGGUGUCAGGGUUUUCGAAUGCCAUAAUGGCAAAUGCGGCCCCGUUGAGCUCGACUUCCUAUACCCACUGGAGUGGAUCAUCACGCGUUCUCGCGAUACCGAGCCACUAGGUGAACUUCUGAAGCAUGUUACCGCCAAGGAACUCAAUGACGGGCAGGAUAGACUGGUUGACGCCCUCUGCUCCUGGAAAGGGACUGGAAAGCCAGCCAAGAUUGAGAUGCUUCUCCGAAAGGGCCUGGACCUCAAUUACCUGCCCAAGGGGGACGAUGCGGAUUCCAUGCUGGGACGAGUGAUUUUGAACGGCGUGUCCGAUGUAGCCGUAGAGCUUCUGAAGAACGGCGCAAACCCAAGGCUUGGAUUUGGGAGCUCGAAUGCGGCGCUCUGUGCAGCAUACAUGGGUGAUCGCAGGGUUUUGCUUGAGAUCAUGAGACGUUUUGGCAACGACUUCCCAUGGAAAGAAGUUGGGAGGACACAUGGAGACCUCGACGGGAACGUGCUCCAUAUCGCCUGCUUCCAAGGUCACGACGAAACACUGACAACACUUUUGGAGCUGGAGGGUAUGACGGGGCUCGUGUCUCAUGUUAACGGCCUGGCUGACGGUAAGACUCCAGCCCAUAUCGCAGCGCUGAUGGGGUCUGCACGCUGCAUAAAAGUGCUCAACAAAUGGGGCGCCAAAUUUGAUAUUCGCGAGGAGACACAGAAUGGCGGGACGCCGUUACAUGUCGUUUGUAGUAUUGUCCCGACUAAAGGAUACUGCGAUACACUGUUAGCGCUCACAGAAUUCUGUCCGGCUGCUGUCAAGAUCAAGGAUACCAAGGGCCGUACUCCUCUGACUAUUGCCAUUGAGGGGGGACAUACCGCAUAUCUGGAGACGCUGUGGAGAGUCGAUGCUUCCAUUGACGAGCUUGCCGACAAAUGA